CGGGUGUAACCGACAAGAAGUUGCCGCGGCGGGCAGCGAUGGAUAUGACGGGGGAGGGCACCGAAGAGCAACGCGGGGCUGCGUCUCUACUAGACGCGGUGCAAAAAGAGCUACAGGUCCAUUCGACGGCGAUCCGCAUCGUCUUGACAAAGCUCGCGGAGCGAGUCGUCGCGCUGGAGAACCGCGUGGACGGGACGAGUGCGGCCAUGCACGCGAUGGAAACCAUGUUGCAUUCGAUGACGGGUCAGAUGCUCCAGCUUCAUGGUAGCAUGGGCGAAUGGCACGAACCUGUCCAGAUGAUCCAGACCAAAUUACAAGCACUCGGCGACACUUGUAACAAGCUCGACUACGCCACGGUCACCCACACCACGCUGCUCGAGCGACAGGCGGACGCGCUGCAGUUCCUCAACACCAAGCUGGAAGAUACGACAAAAUCGAGUGCCACAACGACAAAGCACGAGAUCGAAGUGCUCGUGCAAAAGACGGACUCGUUCCACGGCCACGUACUUCAGAAAAUCGAGGAAACCAAGUCAGUGUUUGCCACGAAGCUCGAAGACGUGAGCAAGAAGGUCGACGUGCUCGAUCACGAUAUGCAGGGCAUGAAGGAGACGAAACCGGCGCCGCCACCGCUGCCCCCUGUGACGGUUGUCAUCCCCGAAGGGACAACAAAGAUUCCGGUCGAACUUCAUGCCAAACGACUCGCGGCGGGCAAGCCUAAAGAGAAAAGCGGUGCGUACACCGACCUCAAGCAAUUUCGCAUCCCCGACGAGAUGCACGAGCGGCUCGAACACAACCUGGCGGCGCUGUAUUCGUCUGAUGUCGACGACAUGCGACGCCCGGCGAUACCCAACGUCGCCAAACUUCCCCGCGACGUACCUGGCGGGCACAACCUCCGCUUUGCAAGCGAUGUCGCCAUCGAUCCACCAACGUCGGCCACGUCGAUGUCGUACGUGCGUCUGCGCACGCAGGACGACAGCGUGAGUGCCUCCGCAGACAUGCGGAACCAAAUUCAAUCCAAAUUCCACGCACUUUACGCAAUGGUCGAUGCUGCAAGGAUCGAUGCCCGCGGGAAGCAAGACGCUUUGCACGUCAUUAUGAACCGACACGUGGAAACCAUCAACUUGAAACUCAAGCAGCUCAAGGACCAAGUCCACCAUUUAAUGCCCACGGCGCCGCCGGCUCAACCCGCUGUGGCGCUGCUGCUGACGGGCGCUGACGCAGACGGCUCGAGCGUGCCAGCGUUGCGCCUGGCGCUUCUCGAGUUGUCGCGCAACUUGCAUGUCGUACGCCAGACCCGGAAACACAUGAGCCCCGACAUGCGGCGCAACCUCGACAAGAUCGUCGACGUCCUCAACGACGCAUAUCACGUGCUGUCGAGCGAUGCGAGCCCAUCCCCCGCGGUCGUGAGCAAGCACACCGAACGCGUGGCUCGUGCGUUGGCAUUUGGCAUUCAGUCGACGGUGGAGCUGCUCUCAACGACGGACGCGGUGUCGUCCAUGGAGCUGCGCAACACCGUCAUGAGUUUCUCGGCCGCACUUACAGCACGAUUGCAGUCGCGGGAAGCAGACGAAGGUGCACGAAUACGAGCCGCUACAAUCGAGCAGCAAUUGGACCAGCUCAAGACUGAUACCCAUCAAGCAUUCGUGGCCAUGUCUGCUCGCCUCGACGAAAUCAAGCAGCGCGGGACGGUGGCCGCGCUGGGUGAACGAAGCGGAGGUCCCACCGCCGUGCAAUCUCGAUUUGAUAUCAACGAGAGAGGGAAGCUGCUCGCGUCAUUCGAACACGACCUCCACAUGAUGAAGGAGCAGAUGCAAGCGAACGAGUCAUUGCUUUGCAAACUGUCAUCGGACAUGGAGCAUACGAUACGCCUUGUUGCACGGUAUCUCCCGAAUCCGUCGAGCGAAGUAGACCAGUCGUCCAAGUCGAAAAAGACCGCCCUCCACAAGUCCCGUGCGACUCUACAGUCGCUACACCCCAGUGGUAUCUCAACACCGGCCUUCACAAAGCAAGCGUCACUCUCGUCCCUGUGCGUGCAGAACGCCGUGCGGCAACCCAUUCGCAAGGCGCCACUGACUCCUCCAACAAAGCAGCAGCCCGAGUCGCUAACGUCGUAAUUCCGUCCAAAGAACGUUCUCGUACAGCC